AUGGCGAUAUACAUGAACAAUAUUGAAGAGACUGAGUGGAGUAAAGAGGAGGAACAUCAUGUCAAAAUUGAGGGAAAAAAUCAUUUACAGACUGAUGGUAUUUUGAAAAGGAGAGACAAGAGUUGUUUCACCUGCACUCAGUGUGGAAAGAGUUUUGGAAGAAAAGGCGAUCUUAAGAUUCACAUGAUGAUCCACACUGGAGAGAAACCAUUCACAUGCACUCAAUGUGGGAAGAGUUUCAACAAAUCAUCAAACCUUAAUAAACACAUGAGGAUCCACACUGGAGAGAAACCAUUCACAUGCACCCAGUGUGGGAAGAGUUUCAGCCAAUCAUCAAGCCUUAAUAAUCACAUGAGGAUCCACAAUGGAGAGAAACCAUUCACAUGCACUAAGUGUGGGAUGAGUUUCAGCCAAAUAUCAGCCCUUAGUAAACACAAAAAAAUCCACACUGGAGAGAAUCCAUUCACGUGCACCCAGUGUGGGAAGAUUUUCAGCCAAUUAUCAAACCUUAAUCUACACAUGAGGAUCCAUACUGGAGAGAAACCAUUCACAUGCUCGCAGUGUGGGAAGAGUUUCAACCAAUCAUCAAACCUUAAAAAUCACAUGAGGAUCCACACUGGAGAGAAACCUUUCACAUGUACUCAGUGUGGGAAGAGUUUCAUCCGCUCAUCAUCCCUUAAUAUACACAUGAUGAGCCACACUGGAGAGAAACCAUUCACAUGCACUCACUGUGGGAAGAGUUUCAGCAUAUCAUCAUCCCUUAAUCUACACAUGAGGAUCCACACUGGAGAGAAACCUUUCACAUGCACUCAGUGUGGGAAGAGUUUCAGCCAAUCAUCAAACUUUAAUCUACACAUGAGGAUCCACACUGGAGAGAAACCAUUCGCAUGCACUCAGUGUGGGAAGAGUUUCAGCAGCUCAUCACAUUUUAAUCUACACAUGAUGAUCCACACUGGAGAGAAGCCAUUCACAUGCACUCAGUGUGGGAAGAGUUUCAGCAGCUCAUCAAACCUUAAUCAGCACAUAAGGAUCCACACUGGAGAGAAACCAUUCACUUGCACUCAGUGUGGAAAGAGUUUCAGCCAAUCAUCAUCCCUUAAUCUACACCUGAGGAUCCACACUAGAAAGAAACCAUUCAAAUGCACUUAAGCCACGGUCACACUGGACUUUUCUCCCCAUAGACUUCCAUAUGCACGCAAAUUAGUCAGACCGGAAACACAAGUUCGCAAGUCAAAUUUCGCAGUUCUUUGCAAAGUUCUGAGUUCUGACCUGUGAAAUCGCAUAACUUGACUGUGUGAGACCAAUCAAAGAUCAAAACAUGACCUCUCUGGACAGAAAUUUAAAGAUGGACCAAUCGCUCUUGUUUAAUCCUGCCCCUUUUCGCAGCACAAUACAAAAGAAUUUUGUAUGCUCAAACUCUAGUGUGAUCGCAGCUUCGGUGUAGGAUGAGUUUCAGCAACUCAUCAGACCUUAAUAAACACUUGAAGACCCACACAGGAGAGAAACCAUUCACAUGAACUCAGUGUGGGAAAAGUUUCAACCGAUCAGCAAACCUUAAUGAACACAUGAAGAUCCACACUGGUGUGAGAGUAUAUGUGCUUGAGUGUGAAAAGACUUUUAUUACAGCUCCAAAAUUGAAACUGCGCCAGACGAUUCACACUGGAGAGACCGUACAAGUGUUCACACUGACACGAGGUUUAAUUAGUUAACACAUCUGAAAACACAAAAGAGGAUUCACACUGGAGAGAAACUGUACAGAUCUGAUCGGUGUCAUCAGAGUUUCGCUCAUUCGGCACAGCUUAAGAAACACAUGGGCAAGAAGUUCCACACAUGACAUGAUUGCAGCAAAACAUUUUCUCAUGUGCAGAGGAUGUUUCAUGUCUGAAUGAUUUUCUAAAGGCUGAGUGAUGGUACACUGUUUUCCAACACUCCUACACUGCAGUAGGUGGGGUUGGCAAUGUGUUGCUCUCCUCGCAUUUACCGUUAACACAAUGAUGGUGGCUGAGAAAAGAACAUGUUUCAUAAACAUCUGGCAAACACCACCUCUGCGGGUUAAAAUCUCUUUUCAAGGGAUUGUACAGGUGCGGAUACAUCUGUACUUUACUCUUCAGUGUAUUCAUGUAGCUAAUGUUGUUUUGGAUGAUGAUCUCUGUCUUACUCCCUGAAUGCGAAACAAAUCACUGGGAAGACGCCCCACAUCAAAGAAGUUGGAGCUCCAGAACGGUUAGUUUGCAGUAUACCAGGGUCUGACGUUUAGAAAGCCCAUUUAAUUGUCCUGUGUUGCAUCUUUUGUUAGUAAAAUUUCUUUACUUUUAGGUUCAAGAUUCUUUCUAGUUUGCUACAUUUACUUGUUUAAGUAGAAUACAAACUUAAUGAAUAUUUUAUGAUUUGGGCAGAGCGACAAGUAUCAAGUUUUACAAUUCCAGACUCCAGAUUAGAGUAUGUGGUAAAUCCUGGUUGGAUGCCUGCAUUACUCAUCAAUGGGUAUAUAAAAGUUGUUGUGCUAGCUACCCCAGGACGCUGUGGCUACUCAGGCGUCCUCAUUUCAAGACCUGCCAUCUUAUUGACUCUUUAACCUUAUGGUUUUGUUUUGCAUUACUUAUGUCAUGUAGUUAAAGUGUUGUUGUGAUUUUAUCCUAAGUCCUUUAUCUUCAUUAUUAUCCCUAGACAUUUGUUAGUUGCUUUGAUUGAUUGUUUUAUGA